CGGAAGUGGAGAGCCGGAAGUGGGGUUGGACAGGUUAUCCCAAGGGGUGGGGAAGCGGAGGCCUAGGACGAGGGGGAAAGAGGAAGUGGAGGAUCCUGGCUACUAUUCUGAAUCCGAUACCGAUUUUCUUAGACCCUAGAGACACAGAACAAGGGAAGGGUGUCUCAUCCCCCUUCAUCCCUUCCUCCCUUUCCUCAGCCUUAGCCAUGGCCGAGGCAGGGGCCGGGUUGAGUGAGACCGUCACUGAGACAACGGUUACCGUGACAACCGAGCCCGAGAACCGGAGCCUAACCAUCAAACUUCGGAAACGGAAGCCAGAGAAAAAGGUGGAAUGGACAAGUGAUACUGUGGACAAUGAACAUAUGGGGCGCCGCUCAUCAAAAUGCUGCUGUAUUUAUGAGAAACCUCGGGCCUUUGGCGAGAGCUCCACAGAGAGCGAUGAGGAGGAAGAGGAGGGCUGUGGUCAUACACACUGUGUACGGGGCCACCGAAAAGGACGGAGUCGUGCAACCCCAGGACCCAGCCCCACCACCCCUCCCCAGCCUCCUGACCCCUCCCAGCCCCCUCCAGGGCCAAUGCAGCACUAAAUUCCUCUCUCCCCCACCAUUCCUGUGUCUGUCUGGCCCUGAAUGUGUUCAUGUGGCUUUUUUGGGACUAAACCCAUGGUUUGAUCCCAUCUCCAGCCCCCCUCCUCUCCUCUUCUCUGCCUGAUAGAAGGAGAGGAGGGUGGACAGAGAUCCUGGAAUUCUGACUUGCUGCUAUUCUUGAACUCAGGCUUCUGGGUUCCCCCAGCUCUCAUUUUUCUUUCCAAUACCCAUCAUCCUGUCCAGGGAUCCAGGCAUCUUGGUCUCCGUAUCUUUCUUUUGUUCUCACUGCCAAACUGGCUGUCCUGGGACCCAGUUAUCUUGGCCCCUUGCACUCUCUACUUGAGUCUCAAACAUUUAAAUUGGGUUUCCAGCAGCCCCAGCUUUUACUGCCAGGGUCCCAGUCAGAUUCCAGGCAAUCUUGCCUCCGCUAUGCUUGUGAAUCCUGGUUAGAGCUCUUCCACUGAUGUGAUUAUAUAGUCAUAACUCUUAGUCCUUGCCUGUGGUAUGUGAGGUGUUAUGGGAGGGCUCCCAGCCCUCCCCUUCCCCUCCUGCUCACUCCCCUCAUGCCUUCAAGAGGAGCUAGGAGAGAGAGGUGUUUGUCAUUCUCACCUUUAAUGGAAAAUGAAAAAAGAAGUAGUCAUGUCCACUCUCCUCAGCCUUCUCAUGUGAUCUAGGAUUUCUGACAAAGCUGGCUUCAAGAGUGGUCACUUAGAACCAACUAUCUCCUCAGCCUUUGGUCUUCCAGCUUCAGAGACAGAUCCAAAUUCAUCCCAGGGGCCGGGAUGGAAGAGGAAGGAAAGGGAGCAAAGAGAUGGGGGUACAUCCCCUACACUAUAUUCUUACCCCUUCCUUCCUAGGCUUUGAUGUCCCUGCCAGUCCAGAUGUCCAGCUCUCUUGGCCCUCUCCACCCUUACUGGGAUCUGAAUAUCAUUUUUCAGGUUUCUUGCCAUGCACAGUUGCAGAGAUUGGUCAAAUCCAUACCACCUUGGAGAUCUCAUUUAUUGCCACAGAUGUACAAAAUAAAUAACCCAACAUCACAAAA